CAAAAUGAAUGAGUAGGUGUGUCCAAACUUUUGACUGGUACUGUAUGUGAGCCCAUAAUUUCAACAUUAGUGACAAGGAAGUCAUUUUUCUGAAGUAUUUGCACAAUAUUUAGUUUGUUGCAUUUGUGUGUGGCGGCGGACUGUUCUCACGUUUCAUCAUUGUCUCAACAUACUGGUUUUAAGUCUGAUGGACCUAGACAUUGUGACUGACCUAUAAAAGUAUGGUGGAAUAUCACAACUAUCAAAGACUGACAAAUGCUGUAGUACAACAAAUUGUGCAAUGACUUUUGACAUCCUGGAGUGGUGGACUUCCUGUCUCGGUAUUUAAGGCUCAGACGUACAUGCUGUAUUGUCACUGGGUGUGCACCGUGAGUAUCUGUGCCGUUAAAAAAAAAAAAAGAAAUACUGGAUUUUUUUUUGCAUGUUUCUAAAUUGCAUUUACACUUCCUGAUAAUUUGUUGAUUUGAUAGGAGCUACAAGACAAACGCCAAUUCAUCUAAAUUAACCUCCAGUGUAGGCACAGCAGGAAAAUAUUAAGGACCUUGAACUUGGAAUCUGAAGAACCCUGCCAUUCACUAGUUCCUGCAACAACAAGCACCAUCAAGGAUGGAAGCAAGCCUCAACAAUAUUUCGGACGACAUCGCAUCAAAUAGGACCCUCAUUGAAACCAUUGUACAGUGGACAACAUUCUCCAUUGGUUUUCCUCUGAUCUGUCUGUCCAUUUAUGCCAUGUACUUCCUGAUCAGAGCUGAUCACAUCGCUCCAGUCUAUGUUAUCAACCUUCUUAUUGCAGAUCUCAUUCAAAUUUGCAUGAGGCCAAUCAUACUGUCUGGUACCUGGCAAUUUAUAGUAGAAUUGAUUGAAUUCUUUGGUAUCAGUGCAAGCAUUGGUUUCAUGGUAUGUGUUGCUCUCGAGAGAUAUCUUAUGAUUGCAUUUCCUCUCUGGUACCGUUUUCGCCGUAACAUCAAAUUCUCGCUCAUAGUGUCCUCUAUUAUCUGGGUGUUUCCUUUCAUCCAAAUCUCCAUAUUUUACAUCACACCGACUUUUGAGAUUUCACUUAUUUUGUUUGCAGUUAACCUCCUCAUACCCUUUCCACUGCUUGUAUUCUUCCUUGUGGGCACGUUGAAAGCUCUGUCCGUCUCCAUCUCUGUGCCAGCUGUCGAACAGAGACGGAUUAUUGGUACCCUGGCCCUUGUGCUGGGCAAUUACACAGUCCUGUUCCUACCCCUCAUCAUACAAUAUCUGAUAUCAGGGGUAACAGGCCAACACAAUGUGGAGAUUGGGACAAUCUUUGAGAGAUUCAGCCCCCUUGUGGAUCCUCUACUCUAUGUGUUCAUGAGAAAGGGAGCUAAGUACACUCUGGCCUUCCCCUGCUUCGACAAGUUCAUGGGUGACCAGGAGCAGAGUCAGGUCACAAACACUAUGACCAUGACUGAUAGUGGAGUAGAAGGCUCCAGGUAGGACAGAUCCAAGAUAAUGGACUGUAUCUGUAUGAUUCACUAUGUAUAACUCCUAUCAACUCCUUAAAAUUAUCGGAUUGAAACGU